AAUUAUAGCUCAAAGUGCUUCGUUUUUAGGACUAAACUCUCAAAUUUUUAGCAUCGGCGGUUUUUGAGUAAUAUGUUGAGUUACCACCGACAGAAAAAUUUGUGAAAUUUCUUCUGGGUGCUGAUAACUUCAGUUUAAAUUUCUUUUUUCUAAGACCUUGGUGCCAUGCUCUUAUAGUUUAUGAAAAUUUCAUUUUUCCGAUGUUUUCCGACAAUAUGCCAAAUAUCCUGUUACGUCCCUGAUCACCGUAGCGCAUGCGGUGCUAUUUCUAUCAGGGAAUCUCCACACCAGUGUCGCCGAAUAGGUAAACGAGACCUGUUCAAUCUGUUGGUCUGCUACUGUUGCUGAAUCACAAUUGAACAUAACCUCCCUAAAGCUCGAUCAAGAGCUUUCAGUUUCAGAGUUUUCCCAUUCGUAUAACGUUACUUUACAAAAAUGGGACACCAUUAUACGAAAAAAGUGAGGUAACCAUUCAGAAUCGCAUCCAAAAAGGACAUAGGCAUUCUUACGACAUGGAUUUCAUCAUAGGAGGCCUAGCAGCCUCCGGAGCCGCCCUAUUUAGCAACCCUUUCGACGUACUGAAGACCAGGAUGCAGCUACAGGGUGAACUUCAAGCCAAGGGCAAACAUGCGGUCUUUUACAAGAACACUGUUCAUGCAGCUUACGUGGUAGCCAAAAACGAAGGAAUCCGAGGUCUUCAAAAAGGUUUAGGGGCUGCUCUCAUGCUGCAUUCAUUGAGGAAUAGUAUUAGGUUAGGACUGUAUUCACUGCUUCAAGAUGAAGGUUAUUUGACGGACGAUAAGGGGAAAACCAUAAUGUAUAGGAGUUUUAUCGCCAGUGCGUCGACAGGAGCAGCUGGAGCAUUCGUAGGAAGUCCUCUUUUCAUGAUUAAGACACAGUUGCAGUCCCAAGCUGCUCGGCAAAUUGCAGUAGGGCAUCAGCAUCACCACCAAGGUGUUUUGGUUGCUGUGAGGAGUAUAUACAGUGCUCAAGGGAUACGAGGACUGUGGAGGGGAGUUUCUGGAACAGUGCUAAGGGCACUCGUAGGAUCUUCUGCCCAACUCACCAGUUUCGCUGUAACCAAAGACAUGCUUAAAGAAUACGAGCCAAUGAGGACCAAUCCCUUGCUUGCUUCCAUCAGUGCUGGUUUCGUCAGUACCAUUUUCCAGACAGUAGCAAUCACCCCAUUUGACUUGGUGUCAACCAGACUUUACAAUCAAGGUGUUGACGCUUCCGGUAAAGGUCUUCUUUAUAAGGGGCUUGGCGACUGUUUCUUGAAAAUAUGGAGGGCGGAAGGAUUUCAGGGAUUCUACAAGGGAAUUGGACCAAAUUAUAUGAGGCUAGCGCCACACGGUGCAUUGUGUUUAGUGUUUUGGGACUUAUUGAGAGACCUACACAUGAAAUACUUGAGUUCGAAGAGAUUGGAGACAGCAGUUUAACGUUUUCUUCAAUUAAAGAUUUGAUUUGAAGAGUAUGAAAGUGUUGAAUACAUAUGGUUGACGACAGUCAAACUAAUGAUGGAUUACGAAUUGAAAAUUGUCUUUCAGUUUGAUUGAAAAUCUUUUAUGUAUUAGAACGAGUACAACAGAGCAAAUCCAUAUUUUAAUUUUAUAAAAAUCAGAGUUUUUUCACAGUUUAUGUACCGAAAUAAAUGAGUUCAGAUUUUA